UUGUCAACAGUCAGGCUAAACGCCUCAGAUACCUGCGCUGCUGACACGUCCAUUUCAACGGUAAAUGUUUUUCUGUUUCUCUCUCAGUAGCCCCACACUAUUCAGAUGACCAAGUAAUACUUUUAUUGUGAACUGGGCAUCGGAAAUAUAAAGCUUUGAUUCAGUUUAGUCUCUGGAGUGAUCGGCGCGGUGUCCCGUUAGCACAGAAACGCACGAUAAGGGGUGAUGAUCUGAUAACAUUAGUGUGGGAGUAACGUCAAUUGUGUCACAGUGCAGGAAUGCGGUGAAAUUGCGAUUUCCCUCUGUCAAGUCACAUCAUAACAUGACGGUGAGGUUUGAGUUCUGUUUCAAUGACUAAUUUGCUGCAGUGAUGGAUGUUCAGCAUUGUUGUCUGUGAGAAGGUGCAGCGUCCCUGUUAAACUCUACUGUCACAGCUGGGAAUUGGACGGUAUUUUCAGCUCAAACUCCUUGAACACAGUCGACAUUCAAGGCUGGUAGAUGUAAAGCAAUGCAGUGGUAAUGCAAACCUGUGUCCUACUAUUUACUGGUUUCAUGGUAAGAACCCUCCCUCCUGUUCUUUGUUAAAUUCCAGUCUACAGAUAUUAUUGAUCUGCUGGAAGAAGGUUUUGUUGCAUUGAGAAAUAAAUAAAAGUGUGUAUGAGGUAAGAACACAGUCGACAUUCAGGCCUGUUAAAUGAAAAGCACUGCAAUUCCAACACAGACCUGAGACUUGACAUUUGUUGAUGUCAUGUCAGAUCUCCAGCUUCCUUACUAAACCCAUCUUUAGAGAGGAACUGUGUCUAUGUGUGUGAGGUCAGGUAUAAUUUUGCAGCAAAACCAAACCUCUCACUUCUCGAUGCAGACAAAACAAGAAGAGAAGAGCGGCGAAGACGUCAUCAGUGAGACUUGACUACACUCCUGGAGGCAGCUCAAGUGAGUGAUAUCCCAGAAUUACCUGUCUCCACUCCAGGGAGGAGGCCCAGCCCCCCUGCUGUCUCCUACGAAGGUCAGUAUGAGCUCCAGAGGGAGUGGUGGCCGCUCCAACGGCACACUACCACAGACCAAGAUCUGCCAGUUCAAGUUGGUGCUGCUGGGUGACAUGGCCGUGGGCAAGUCCAGCCUGGUGCUGCGUUUCGUCAAGGGACAAUUUGAUGAGUUUCAAGAGACAACCAUUGGAGCUGCAUUCCUGGCCCAGUCAGUGUGUCUAGAUGAUACUACAGUGAAGUUUGAGAUCUGGGACACUGCAGGACAAGAGCGAUAUCAUAGUCUGGCCCCCAUGUACUACCGCGGGGCUCAGGCUGCUAUCGUGGUCUUCGACAUCACUAAACCGGAGACUUUUGAGAGAGCCAAGGCCUGGGUGAAGGAGCUGCAGAGGCAGGCCAGUCCUAACAUUGUUAUAGCUCUGGCUGGGAACAAGGCUGACCUGGCAGAGAAGAGACUAGUGGAGUAUGAGGAAGCCCAGACAUAUGCUGAAGACACCGGUUUGCUGUUUAUGGAGACCUCUGCAAAGACAGCCAUGAACGUCAAUGAGCUCUUCCUGGCUAUUGCAAAAAAGAUGCCAAAAACAGACACCCAAAACCCUACACAUGCAGCAAGACACCGGGGAGUUAACCUCCAGGACCCAGAUGCCCACUCAAACCGAGCCUGCUGUGGUGGUGGGAACUAGACCUGGACGACCUCCCCCCACCAACACCACCAGUAUUCCACCAUCAACACCACCACAGCCCUUCAACCAUCCUGUCUCCUUCAACCAACUUACAGUGGGUGGGCUUGAUGUGGGGAAACCCAGUAUCCACUCACCACCUCACCCUCCAUUCAUCCUCCUGUUUGAUCAGACGGAAAUACAGUGACGGGAACCCAAAGGAGAGAAUAAGAGGAAGGAAAGAGCAGACAGAGAUGGAGGAGAGAGAGAAAUGUGAUGUUUCACAUCUACGUCUUGUGACCACGAACUGAGAUUCUGCAUUUGGAAAUCACAAGGAGAGGUAUAGUGAAGAAGACUGAGUCGGUGGGAGAAGGCAAAUAAAGAAUGUGGAGGACAGUGGCAAGUCUUUUUUUUGUAGUAUUUAGCACUAAUUGUGAAUUUUCUUUUUGUCAGUUCUGCCUUGCAUCAUUUUAGUCACAGCUGUUUGAUUGCGUAAACUUGUACAAUAAUGAGCAGCACAUGUUGGUGAGUGGCCAAGAAAGGAAGGGAGGGAAAAAGAAAAAAAAGGGCCGAUACGCAAAAAAUAAAGAAGCCAAAUGUU